GGGCAGCGACAGAACCGCUCAGCGCUGCACCGCCGACCGCCUGCAGACGGUGCGGGACUGAACGGAGGUGCCGUGCGGAGCCGACAGGGAAGAAGCAUGAUCAAGAUGAAUUGCGUCCUGCUAACCGCCUGCAUUGUUCUGCUUGCUUUCUCUAGUUCUGGUUAUGCCCUGAGGUGCUAUCACUGCGAGAACAGCCCUUCCUUGUGCAAGACCAACAGCACUUGCUUAUCAAAUGAAGACACUUGCUUGCAGAUGAGAUUUGGUAAAUUGAGAACGUCCUCCUGCUGGAAGUUGUCUCAGUGCAAUGUGAAUGAUAUUGCUGUAUUCUAUCAGUUGGAUAACUUUGAUUACUUUUGCUGCCAACAAGACUUGUGCAAUGAGGGUGCAAUUACUGGGGUUAACAAGGCAGCUUUCAGUAUUGCUUCUGUAAUAGCCAUGUUAUGGAUGCUUCUGUAGCAAUCCUGGUCUGUAUGCUGUCUUUCCAAGCUGAAAUUAUACAAAAUCAUUAUUAACUCUUUUCUCAGUUGUACUUCUUGCAGUUUCAGUUGAAGUUUGAAAUACUUUGAAAUACUACAGUUUGAAGUUUAAAUACUUUGAAAUACUACAGUUUCAGCUGAAAUAAGGCCUUUUAAUUUUCAAUUCUGUUUUUUAAGGUUCCAUCUGGUAAACUGCUGUCUCCAUUUGCGUGAAGGAGACCAAUAUUGUUAACAUUUUCAGGAAGUUUUGGCAUGGCAUCUGCUCAGUGGAAAUACCUAAUUCUGAAGUAGUAUUACAUUGUGGAGGACCUGGGAAAACCUUUGAGGUUGAUAUGGAAAUGCAGGAAUAAUGUAUGUUUUGUGAUGGAAAACUGUAAUUUCUUACUUCAGCAUGAAUUCUAAUUAAUUUUGAGAUUUUGGUUCUUUUGGAUGCUACCUUUUCAUACACAAAGCAGUGAGUUUACCCUCAACACAACAGUGUUGAAUCAUAUGCAUAAACUUGCUGCAGUAUCCAUGAAGUUUUUGUUUUUAGGUGAUGCAGACUCUUUGUUCCAAUAUCUAGUAUCUAUGUAACAUUUUUUUUCACUUAUACAAACCAAUAACGUAACGGUCAAUACCAUUAUUUUGGAGGAAGGCAUCUAACUUUCUUAAAACAAAACCAAAAUAAUGCUUUUAGUGAGGAAAUCUCUUCCUUUCUUUUAUAUUUCUGUGGGCCUGCAGAUUACAUAUGCCAGCUUCUUUGCUGAGCUUUCAUUUUACAGUUUAGUUUUGCUUAUAUUUUUUCUCCAAGUCUAGGAUUUAAGCUAAGCAUGUGCUUUGCACUAAAUAUUUCUUAGUAUACCAAAAAUUGUUUAUAAAAUGCUAAGGAAUUAAAAUGGCACAUCUAGUUUACUUUCCCGUGUAAUCAGCUUUUGUUUUUUUGAGACACAUGAACAGGUAAACUUAAUGCUUUAGGCUUCCAUAAGAGCAUUAAACAAAAGUUUGCAGACUUUUAUAUUUUGACCUUUGUGCAACUGUAUAAAUGGCAGUCAAAAUACACAUGCAUCUAAAUAGCAUGAAGAAUAAUGCUCUGUUUGUGUGUGUACGACUUCUAGAGCUCGAACGCUGCACAUUGUUUCGAUUCUGUGGUGGAGGCAGACCUUUGGUGCUUCCCCUGGUCUUAGGGAGCCUCUCAGUUAAGUAUGAUGCCAAAUUUUCCUUUGACAAGUUUGGAACUUUUAGCAUGUUCUCACAAGAGUCUACAGCCAAUGGUAUAUUCUUUUCCGAGGGCUCUGGCUUGUGCUUUCUGGGGGGUCAGUGAUACUGGCUCACUCAGUCAUAACAAAGGCAAGGGACUGCAUUGUGUUACUCCAAACCAUCAUGUAUUCUGCAAAGCACCUUUUGGCUAAGCUUACCUUAGCUAUGAAAACAUCCUGGGAUCUCUCUGGUCACUCAAAAUAUGAAAGCUACGCUAUCUUUGAUUAAUAAAAAUGUAAAAAAGGAAA